GUUUCUGACGUCUUUUCUUAACCUCACUUUUUUAAACUUGCCAGUCAGUUUGAGUCGGUGCAGUUAUUUAAUUAAAAGAAAUAUACUUCAAAGGGUAAAUAGCAGCGUUUUUUAACAAUUUUAGUAUGUUGUUUGGUGAAAUUGUUGAACCCAGCACAAGAGCGCUUAUUUAUGAUGAAGAGGAAUAUCCGAAUUAUACAAAAGUUGAGCCUGUAUGGGAUGGAGAUUCUACUUUAAAAAACAUAAAUACACUACUUUUUAUAGAAAGUAAUAAAAUUACCACAUUAAUAAAGAAGUUUGUUAUUGGUGAUGAAAAACCCAUAAAGAAGUUAAAUAAUGGUGGUUUAAAGGUUUAUAAUUUUGCUGGUGAUAAAUAUAUAGUUUUGGUUGAAGAACAAACAACAUAUUGCAAUGGAGAGAUAAUUGAAAUACUAAAAGACUGGAUUAGCAAUGCAAAAUCAGUAUACACUGUAACAUCAGACUCCAUUUCAUCAUACCAAAAUAAUGACAUGCAUGAAAAACCAGAGGUUGUUCUACGAUCUUUAACCAACAAAUCAAACACAUUGGGGUGUAUAAAUCUCGAAAUACCAAAUUUAGUAACAGGGUUAGGUGCAAGUGUUUUGUCAUAUUGUAAACAUUUUGAUUUGAGUUGUGAACUUUUUGUUGUUUAUAUGGAUAACUCACCUUUAGAUUCUAGAAAUACUGGCCCUGUUCUAGAGAUGGUUAAAAAAAUGGGGUUUUCAGUUUUAUUUGUUGAUCCCAAGCACAGGUUUAUUUCUGGUGCUAAAAUACCGACUAUGUCAAGUAAUUUAUAUAUUUAAAAAUAUUUUAUAGCUAUACCUUUAAUAAAAAAAUUAA